UAAGGAAUUUCGUGGAGGUCCUCUUCUGCAGUCUGCCUCCAGUUAGUUCCGCCAUCGAGCCAGUGCCCGGGCUGAAGGUGGAGAAGCCGUUAUAGCUCCUUUUCGACAUCGCUUUUGAAUUUUCACUUUCCCCCACUUUUCUUGUGUUUGAGUGCCAUCGGCGCCGCCGCUGCAACCGACGACCACUACUACUGCAGACUUCCUCCGUUGACGCCAGCGACAUCAACACACAGACACAAUGAGCAGACGUUUGGAUUACGACACGGAUGUGGAGGUGGUCCGGAAGGUGUCCAGGACUUACAAUGUGUACCGGGGCGCCUCUCCGUCCACCCAGAACCGGCUGGAGGUGAACGAAUCAAGAGUUGUACAGCAUGAGAAAAGACUUAUGGAGACAGAAGAGCACCGGUUGCAGGCACGCAUCAGGGAGCUCGAGGACGCACUGGACGGUGAAAGAGACGGACGUGUCAGGGCAGAGAAGACAGUGGCCGAGCUGACCUUUAGAAUCGACCAGCUGCAGGACAGCCUCGAAGAACAGGGAACCUCCACCAGUACCCAGAUUGAGCUCAACAAGAAGCGCGAGUAUGAGAUCUCGAAGCUGCGCAAAGACAUUGAACUCAACACCGUGCAGUUUGAGGCCGCAGAAGCCAGUCUCCGCAAACGCAUGCAGGAGACCAUCAACGACCUGUCCGACCAAAUAGACUACCUGACCAAACAGAAGAAUCGCGUGGAGAAGGAGAAGAGUACUUUGGUAGUGGAGCUGGAUGGCAUCUCAGGACAGCUCGACUCUGUGUCCAAGGCAAAGAUAUCCCUUGAGAGCCGUGUGGACGCUGCUGAAGGAAGCGCGGCUCGUCUCAAGGGUCAGGUGGACGACCUCUCCCGCCAGCUGAACGAACUGAGCAGCCUCAAGGCCCGCCUCACGCAGGAGAACUUUGACCUUCAGUCGCAAGUGCAGGAGCUGGACUCCACCAACGCCGCUCUUGCCAAGGCUCGCAGUCAGCUCCAGAACCAGAAUGACGACCUCAGGCGUCAGCUGGAUGAUGAGAGCAGGCAAAGACAGAACCUGCAGGUUUCCCUGGUUGCCCUGCAGAGCGACUACGACAACCUCAACGCCCGCCUUGAGGAAGAGGCCGAGACAUCCGCUAACCUUCGCACCCAGUACUCCAAGAUCAGUGCUGAAUACGCCGCCCUCAAGACCCGCUUCGACAAGGAGCUGGCCGCUCGCACCGAGGAGCUGGAGGACACACGACGCCGCCUCACCGUCCGCAUCACUGAGCUCGAGGACAGCUGCGAGCAGCUGCGCGUGCGCAACUCAUCCCUGGAGAAGGCCAAGGGCAAGCUGGCCAAUGAGAUCAAGGAACUCACCAUCGAACUCGAGAACACACAGAUCAUCGUGCAGGACCUCACCAAACGCAACAGGCAGCUGGAGAACGAGAAUGCUGGACUCCAGCGCCGCGUGGAGGAGGUGCAAACCGAGAACGCCCUGCUGCGCAACGAGAAAGCCAACCUGGAGCAGGAGGUGCAGCGCCUGCGGGUGGCCAACGCCGAACUCACCGAGCGUAACGACAACCUGCAGCGCGAGAACAAAACCCUUUCGGACCAACUGCGCGAGGCGAACCAGGCUCUGAAGGACGCCAACCGCGAGUUGGCGGAUCUGCGACUUCUGCGCGCGCAACUGGAGGCGGAGCGUGACAACCUUGCCGCCGCCCUCAAGGACACCGAGGAUGCUCUGCGCGAUGCCGAGGCCAAGCUGGCCAACGCCCAGGCCGCCCUCAACCAGCUGCGUCAGGACAUGGAGGCCCGACUCCGGGAGAAGGACGAGGAGAUCGAGAACAUCAGACGAAGCAGCGCACGGGUGAUCGAGGAGUUGCAGCGCACCCUGGUGGAGGUCGAGACCCGCUACAAGUCUGAGAUCUCGCGCCUCAAGAAGAAGUACGAGACCGACAUCCGGGAGCUGGAGGGCGCCCUGGACAAUGCCAACCGCGCCAAUGCCGAGUACCUCAAGCAGAUCAAGUCCCUGCAGGCCCGUGUCAAGGAGCUGGAGUCCCUGCUGGAUGACGAGCGCCGUGCAGCUGACGACCUCCGCAACCAGCUGUCCGUGUCGGAGCGCAAGCGAGUGGCACUGGGACAGGAGCUGGAGGAUGCCCGCUCUCUCCUCGAGGCUGCGGAGCGUGGCCGCAAGAACGCCGAGAACGAGCUGGCUGACGCCAACGCCCGCGUGAGCGAGCUGACCCUGAUAGUCACAUCCCUCACCAACGACAAACGCCGACUGGAGGGCGACGUGGCGGCCAUGCAGUCCGACCUGGAUGACGCCAUCAACAACCAGCGCGCCGCCGAGGAGCGUGCCGAACGCCUGUCGUCAGAAAAUGGCCGCCUGGCCGACGAGCUGCGACAGGAGCAGGAGAACUACAAGAACGCCGAGAGCCUGCGCAAACAGCUGGAGAUCGAAAUCCGCGAGAUCACCAUCCGACUGGAGGAGGCCGAAGCUUUCGCCGUCAAGGAGGGCAAGCGCCUUGUUGCCAAGCUCCAGGGACGCGUUCGAGACCUCGAGGCUGAGCUCGAGAACGAGGCACGUCGCGUGCGCGAGGCUGUAGCCAAUCAGCGCAAGGCGGAGCGUCUGUACAAAGAGUUCCAGGCUGCCACCGAGGAGGAGAGGCGUCAACUGGCCGAGCUGGCUGCCUUCAACGACCAGCUGCAGCUGCGAAUCAAGACCUACAAACGCCAGCUGGAGGAGGCUGAGGACGUGGCGAACCUGACGAUGAACAAGUACCGCAAGGCUCAGACGCUGAUCGAGGAGGCCGAGUCACGUGCCGACAGUGCUGAGAAGAACUUGCAGGUCGUCCGCCGGGCACGCUCCAUGUCCGUCACCCGCGAAAUAAAGGUCAUCCGACAAUAAUUUCAGACUGCCUGCAGUUCCAAGUAGAUCAUAUUCUUGUACAGAGUUUGUACAAUCGCACCCCUCUCUGCAAAAAAACUGUAUGAAGCGUUUACUUGUUUUCAUUUUGAUUUCUGCGGCGUCGCCUUCAGUCCUGCUUUAUUUCAAAACUUAUUUGUGAUGCAUCGACUGUCAGUUGUGAUCUCUGCAAUAGAACUGCUAGUGGACCGAUCCAUGUUUUUUUGUUUCUGUUCAAGAAUGAGAGCAGUACAACACAGUCAAGACCACACACACACGUUCAAGGACGAGAAGACUCAGCUAACAUUUUUUUAUACCUUUUUGAUUUUUGACAAAAGGAUGUCCAUACUCUUUAUAAGAGUCACGUGACGAUAGCAGUCUUUAGUCAGAUCGGUCUGGACGAUUUUGUUGUUUACGAAGGAGUCAGGGGCAAUUCCUUCGUCCGGCACACAACACUUAUCAUGCCAGAAGAGGCAGUAAGAUUGGAAACAAUUGAGGCACGACAUUUUUUUUGUCUGACACUGUCCAUCUUUUUUACAGAUCCACCCGAAAAGGAGCUACAAACGCCGGUCUUAUCUGCCUCUUCCCGUUAAUAUGACAUCACGAGGGCUAGUCACUGCCACCAUAACUUUUUGUCACACUAAGUCAGACUCCAGACAGCCGUCAAGAAAAGAGCUUUGUAGGAAUUUACAACUGCAAAGAGAGCCAGGCGUUCGUGAAAUUAUGGUUGUUUUUAUUAAUUCGAGAUCAUCAUUGUAUUAUACUCCAAAAGGUUUAUUUCUAAUUUUCUGCCAUCUUCUUCCUAAGAACUAUAAUAUUCUUCAUCAUUUUUCAGCCUGAAUUUUGACAUAUUAAAGUAAUUUAUUCUUACUUUUUGAAAGUGCAAUAUUUGUUGUUUCUGGGAUUUUUCUUUUCAUUGUCCAUAUGCAUUAUGUCUGUACGACAUGCACUUGUGAUACGCGAGGUAACAGGCCAUGAUGCCAGAGGUUAGAAAGCAACAGGGAUACAGCAAAACUAUUUUACUCAUACCUCCACGCUGUGUAGCGGUCCUUGCCGCAACCAUGGCAACCUUUGCUGCGUUCGAAUGACCGAACAACACUGAACUUGUAUGUAGGGGAAGACAGCAACGGAAGGUACAUUUUCUGGACUGUUUUAUGUGUUGUACGCAUGCAUGUGAAACGCUCCAAUGGUGAUUGUACGUCUCGACAUGUUAGCCACGCAUGACGCCAUAUUUGUUGAAGCAUUGUGGGUUUUCUACAAAUACUUGCGUGUUCUCAGCAGGCAGAGAAAAAAAAAUUGGGAGGUACACAAUUGCCAUGGGCACUGAGAAGGAGCAUCUCAUCUUCUUCUUGUCAUACUUUCUUCUGUCAAAUGCUGCUUUGAAAAAAAGAUCUGUACGAGAACAUCUACCGUCAUUUGUGGUUCAGAAGGAAACGAUAAAGACGAGUGGACAUGUGAUGUAUUCCUGGCAUUAUUUGAAUAAAUUCACUGCGGCUUUAAA